CCCUUCCCUCCCCCGAUCCUCGUCCUCGCUCAUGCUUCCGCGUCCAUGAAAUCCCUUCUCCUCAUCUGUCUUGUGCUCUACCAGGCAGUCGCUGUUCUGGCGAGCGGCGUAGGCGUUCAUGCUCAGCUAGUCGCCCGCAUCCGCCAGCAUCUCUCGUCCGAAGACCAGGCUCUUUCAACAUACACAAUACCAGGUGCCUUCUUCCCCGACGCCUUCUAUGACUGCAUGGGCCUUUCCGACACCGGCGAGGCCACCCACUGGCCCCCGUUCCUGCUCGCGGCAGCCGAAUACUACCACGAAACCUACGUUCUCAGCAAUAAGCAAAAAGACGGAGCCGGACUCCGCGCCUUCCUCAUCGGUGCUCUCACCCACCAGGUCGCUGACGUCCCAUGGCAUUCGCUCGGUGUAGAUCAGGGUCUGCUCAUGGCCCUCUCGCACCGGGAGUUCGGAGGCGACACCCAGAGCGCCCAUCGCAUUCUAGACACCGGCGGCGAUAUGAUCAUGAUGUUUCGCAUCCUCCGCGCCGCAGGCGAUCUAGACUGGCUCACCCAGCGCUGGACAAUCCCAAGCGCAGACCUGCUUAACAUCUACAAACGCCUCCAAUUGUCAGUCUCUCGACCUGCGCUCGAGUACUGCAUGGCUCGUGGUGUCGCUGCUCUCGGGGCUGAGGUCAAUCUUGCCAGAACUAUGUAUCCCUCUUACGCAAAGAAGAGCCCGCUGCUGCUCGACGUUCUCGAAGACUACUUUAUGGGUGGUCUUCAUUCGAUCACGGCCUCUAUCCUACCCUGUCUACGAAGUUAUGAGUCAUGGCUCGAUAACGGCCCUCCAAAGGGCGUUGAUGCGUGGGACAUCUGUGAGGUAUUUGCUGGUCGUGCUCCGUUCGUGAGAUCGGGUGAUGCCGAACAAGUCUCAUCGACCGUCGUUGGUGACUUGCAGGAAUAUAUCGACGAGAUCAUUCCAGCUCUAGCUCUUCAUCCGUCUGCAGACGGAUCCGAGACUUUUAUCGAAUUUCCGAAUGUGAUUCUACCAGAACACAUGUUAGAAAAGCGUGAUCAGACUGUGCUCAAGAGCUCAGAUCUCCCAAGACUCUCUCAACCGAUUGGAGUUACGCUUUCUACUGGACUAUCUGAAUCUUUGUUCGGAUCAGUGUUUACCGUCGGUGAUUUCAGAGGAAGCGAUAUCGGCCCCUGUCUUGCUGUAUCUGCGCCUUACGAGUACUCUGAAGAGACUCAGACCAAUGAUGGUGCAGUUUACGUUAUUCCUCUUGCCGAAAUCGACUCCAUGUUUUCUGCCUCAAAUAGUGUUGACGACCAGUCGGUAAAUCUCAAGGACUAUCGUAUCUCGCCGCCAAGUCUUCCCGCUUUUCAUCCUUCCAGACGUGAGAUCUAUAAUCUCACCUUUCCGCGACAGUUUGGUGCAUCGAUGACGCCAAUCAAGCUCUUCAAUACUACUCUGCUAGCAGUAUCGUCACCAGGAAUCUCCUCAAUCGACAUUUUUGCCGGACCUGAACUCCUGAUGACUAUCAUGCCACCUACACAAGGUAGCACGACCACCUAUGGAGGGCGCGGAAGAAAGCUAUUUGGAAGCCGUCUGCUGGUGCACGACGUCGAUGGAGAUGGACUGCCUGAAAUUAUCGUCUGCGCUCCCCUGUCUGAUCUCUCGAGACGAGUGCGAGAGCAAGGUGAGAUCAUGAUCCUCUCUGGCCGUGAGCUGCAGACCGCACUAGCGAGCGGGCUCACGAUGGUCGCCAUGGACCACGUACGUCUUUCACGGUUUGUGACACCUAAAGAGAUCUCCAUUCCCGACGACGACCUCGCCAGUAAGCUUUCUCUCGACACCUCUGCGUCCACGUUUGCGGAUUAUCAGCUUUUUGGCUCGCAAAUAGCAUUCUCAGAGCAACCAGACAGUAUCGCGUACGUAGGCGCCCCUGGUUCCGGAGCCGUAUUUGCUUUUGACGCAAAGACAGGAGUUCCGCUAUUCGGUAUGUUUGCCGAGCUGGGCUCUGUGGCCGGCUACGGCGGCGGCGUGCUUCUGACUGGCAAGAUCAAGGGUCUCGGUGAGUGGAUUUUGGUCGGCAGCCCAAACGAGGCCGUGCUCGAUAGCAAGAACGCUCGGCGGCGGGGAAAGCAUGCGCCAGGCGAGUUUGGCCAAGGUGGAGUAUGCUAUCUUUACGUGCGCCGCGAGGGAUCUGACAAGACAAAGCCAAAGCUUGCGGCGUACGUCAUCUCCGACAGCUUGAAUGAGAAGUUUGUCAAGUUUGGAUACGCAGGAACCCCGAAGGAUGGCGAUCCAAACACUGUCUACAUCUCCUCGCCUUUUGCAGGCGCAGGCGAAGGUGCUGUUUGGUUGCUGCCUAUCGAAGACGUCGUUCUGGAAUUGAUUUCACGGGAAGGAACCAAAUCUUCAAGACCAGAGCCGGUAGGAGAUUUCGAAAUUUUCGACAAUAUCGCAUCGAUGUCCUCUGAGCAGCCAGGCGACGUCUCGCCUUCUUUGCUAUCAACACCUAUUAUAAGGCUAAAGCCUAUGCUAUGGGGAACGCGCACCAACAAUCAAAUCGAGUCGUGGUUUGGAAAAUCAGUUGCUUCUUACGCUGAUUUCCUGUUUGUGAGUAUGCCGCAUCUAGGCUUUGGCCAGCUAGGUGAUCGUACUAGCGCUGGAAAAGGUUUGAACGCCGGAGGUGUUAGUGUGUACAAGUUGUGAUGUGAGGAAACAACGGGGUUAAAAAAAUGGGUUAAAAAAAGUUGGUAUGGGUGGGUGGAUAGGAGUGAAUAUUUCCAUAGAGAAAUGGAUGGGCAUUGGGUUUAACGGAUUGCAUUUUAUUCUUAUUCGGGCAAAUUAUUUAUUUAUCAUUUAUUAUUCUUUUGUAUUCAUUUUAAACGUGUAUUCAUAUUGAAUUGUGAACAGAGUAUUCUUUCACGCGCUAAAUCGUGAACAAAAUAUUCUUUACGCGCUGCUCUAUUUGGAAGAAAAACGCGUUUACACGCGUCAUGCUUAGGGUUUAGUUACGCUCGGAGAAAGAGAACUAUCACCGAAAGA